AUGGCGCCCGAGGGCGGCAAGUUGGUCACGGUCGACACGUCGAUCCCCGGACCGGACAAGUCCGUCGCGCAGUGGGACGUCGGCCGCGGCGAAGGACUACUCAUAACCUCUGCCGCCGUUUGCCGAGGGUUUCUCAUUGUGGGAACUCGCAGAGGCACUAUCCACCUCUACGCGAAGCAGGACGACCAGUACAUGUGCGUGGCGUGGACCAAGCUGCAAGUCAAAGACGCAGUGACCAGCCUCACCCCGCUCCCGGGCCGCGACGGCGCGCCCGCCUCGAACAUCCUCGCCACCUGUCGCGACGGCGCCUACCGCAUCUACGCCAUCGACCGGGAGCCCGCCGCGGCCGCCCUGCGGCUGGUGCACGAGUCGUCCCCCCCGACCAUGGGCCCCGUGCAGGCUGGCGCGGUGUUCGCCGGGGACGACGACGACAACAACAACGAGCUGGUCGUCCUGGGCUUCAGGGGCACCAGCUUCGUGGCGUGGAACGAGACGCGGCAGGAGGACGUGGCGGCCGUCGGCUGCGGCGGCGCGAACCGCAAGUUCGCGUACGUGACAUCAUCAUCCGGCGGCGCAGCAGACGCCGCGGCGGCGGGGGGCCUCCUCCUGCGCUUCGCGUACACCAAGACGUCGACGCUCAACGUGUACUCGCAGCGCGGGGCGACGCACCGGACGGUCAGGGCCGGCGGGCACGGCAGGGAGGUGCGGUCCGUGUGCGCUGCGCGGGGGGGCGGCGGGUACGUCGCCACGGGAGGCGAGGACACGAUACUGCGCGUCUGGAGGAGGCGGGCGGCGUCGGGGCCCGGGGGCGGCGGCGGCGGCGGCCUGCGGUGCGUGGCCGUGCUGAACCCGCACCGGACGGGGAUCCCGGCGCUCGCGUGGGUCGGGGACGGGUACCUGCUCAGCGCGGGCGGGUUCGAGGACCUGUACGUGUGGAGGGUGUCGCGGCUCGACUCGGCGUACGAGGGGCUGGCGGUGGCGUGCGAGUCCCAGUUCCCCGACAAGAGCAGGGACAAGGACCUGCGGAUCAUGAGCAUCGACGCGGAGCCCCUGGGCGGGGACGGCGUGGAGGAGGAAGAUGGGAUGGUGGUGUCGAUGGCGUUUUCGAACUCGGCUGUCAAGACGUACCGCUACGCCAGGGCUGACGGGUGGCGCCUCCUGGCGCAGGGAAGGUACACGGGUGCCUGUCCGACGGAGGUGCGGCACCUGGACGUUGACGUGCGAGGGGGACGGGGUCUCGCUGUCUUGGUCACGUUUACGGACGGGCACGUCACGGCGUGGAAGGCCGACCGACGACAUCCUGGCAGUGGCGGCGAAGCAGAGUAUGAGGACUACACAUUGCAGGCCGCGGCCCGGCUGCACCAGAACAGCGUCAAGGCGCUGGACCUGGUGCCCCUGUCUACCGGAGCGGCGGCGGCGGCCGCCGGCUGGCUCGUCAUCACGGGGAGCGACGACAAUGCGCUGGGCGUCACGCAUCUCCUCCCCACCGCUGCCGGCGCAGUCGCGGCGUACACUUUCGGGCCCGGGCAUCGGGUCAGCAAGGCGCACGCCGCCGCGAUCAACGCGCUGCGGGUCGUGCGGCACGACGAGCAAGCCGGUGUUGUGGUGUUUGUGACGGGCAGCAAUGACCAGCGGAUCAAGACGUGGCGGUUGUUGACGACUGCGCCGCCGGGGGGUGAAGAAGAGGCCGGGACAGGACGGCGGGUGGGCAAGAUACAGUUACUGGACAACUCGUACAGCUCCGUGGCUGACCCGGGGGCUAUGGAGAUGCUGGGUCCCGAGGGGCCUCUUGUUGUCGUCGGCGUUGGGAUGGAGACUUGGGGGGUUGGGCAAGGCGCGUUGCGGGCAGGAUGA